AUGGCUAUUCCGAACCAGCAGCCACUAGCUGCCAAGGAAAGCUCGCAGAAACCCCAACUCAAGGUGAUUCCCCUCAGGAUCUUCAAGUUCCUGCUCUUCGUCUUGGUUCUAGUUGUUGGGUUCUCGCUGGUGAGCUUGUCAAUGUCCCGGCUCUUUGGGAUCGAGGGACGCCUCGGCUUUCUCCCCUGCCUGGAUGAGCCCAGCAGCCUCAACCUCUGGAUGAGGCCGCCACGGAACCUCAUGCACGGUAUGACCGACGAGGAGCUGAUCUGGCGGGCGUCGCUAGUCCCCCAGGUGAAGGAUUAUCCUUUCAAGAGGGUCCCCAAGGUAGCGUUCAUGUUCCUAACCAAGGGCCCACUGCCUCUGUACCCGCUCUGGGAGAAGUUCCUCAGAGGGAACGAGAAGCUCUACUCGAUCUACAUCCACUCUCUGCCAUCUUACAGCGCCGAGUUCCCCAAAUCCUCGCCGUUCUACGGGAGACAGAUACCAAGCCAGGUACAUCCCCUUAACAAUCUCUCUUUCUUUCAAUCUACCAAUCUGCCCACCAAGAUUACCUGCAGUUCUUCCAUCGUAUAAAUUUGGGGCCAGAAGCUAUUAAGAUUUUUGUACAUUGAUGUAUGCUGGCAUGAGGAAAAGCCUCCCCUCGUAGGCGCUUGUCAACCCCCAUAGAUAGAUAUAUAUAUAGAGAGAGAGAGAGAUAGAGAGAGAGAGAGAGAGAGAGAAUAAGAACCGCAACAUCCGUACUAAUUGCAGGGAUUUGAAGCUCCUUCCUUCACGGGCUCUGCAAUACCUCCUCCUCCUCCUUCCUUUUUUCAUCAUCUUUAUCAACAUCUUCUUCUUCUAGGUUGGAUGAAAGAAGAUCUUGUCCACCGCCUGAUCUAUUUCUUUUAUAUUUCAUAUUCCAUCUCACCAAAUAUGAAGUCGCAAAGGCCUUUUACUUUUUCUUAGCUCCGAGCAUGUAAUAGUCUCCAUUUUUUCAAACUUAAAUGAAUUAUACUAAGGAACACCUUGGGCUACGGAAAUCACAGAGGAUUAUUUCAGGUUUAUGGCGAGUUCGUGAUCUGUGAGAGUAAAUCUGUGAAUAAAAAGGUUUAAUUUAGUCAUGACUUGCUGUUCGUGUGCCUCAAGAAGCCUCAGAUCAUAAGAACAAAAAAAAAAAAAAAAAAAAAAACAGUCUCUGUAAGAAAACUCAGUGAGCAAAUGGAUCAGAUUAGGAAGUAUAUGAACCAACUCUGAUAAUACCAGUGAUUCUAUCUCCAUCUGAUGCCUGUUUUUCGGGGUAAACAAGCACCAGAUUGUUUCAUGCUGGCAUAAAAAUGCACCAUCUUUUGUUUCAUGCUGGCAUAAAAAUACACCUGCUAAUUUUAUUUUAUUUUAUUUUCUUCUCCUCCUCGAGGCUCGAGGUUUUUUUCUUUUUUUGGUGAUUUAUUCCUCCGCCUAGACGGCUGUUUUUGUCCUGUGCCAACAUUUUUUCCAUAAAAUCAUAUUAUUUUAUGAUGUGAAAAAACCAUCAUUAAGGACCUCUUUUUUAUUUUGGGACAAAUAAUCCCAAAUUAUUGUAUAACCGAGCUCACAGAUCUCACUCAUCACAGCAUCUAAUUUUCCUAUUAAUUUAGUUUAAUUGAACCAUUUUAAUCUUCUGAAAAGGGUUGUGAUGGAUCAAGAUCAAGUCUUUUUUUUUUCUUAUUAUUCUUUUUAAUUCACAAUUUCCUAGGUGUCGGCAUGGGGGGAGAUGAGCAUGUGCGACGCCGAGAGGCGGCUCCUAGCCAACGCCCUCCUGGACAUCUCCAACCAGAGGUUCGUCCUCCUCUCGGAGACCUGCAUCCCUCUGGUCAACUUCAGCCUGGUCCACAGGCACCUCUUGCGGGCCCGCCACAGCUUUGUCAGCUCCUUCGACGACCACGGGCCCUAUGGGCGGGGCCGUUACAACCCCCGUAUGGCCCCGGAAGUCGACAUCUCCCAGUGGCGGAAGGGCUCCCAGUGGUUUGAAGUUGACCGCCAGGCCGCCAUCGCCAUCAUCAAGGACACCACCUUCUACCCCAAGUUCAAGGAAUUCUGCCGCCCAAACUGCUACGUUGAUGAGCAUUACUUCCCCACCAUGUUGAGCAUCGAGAUGCCCCAGCGGCUGGCCAACCGGAGCGUGACUUGGGUUGACUGGUCCCGUGGCGGCGCCCACCCGGCGACGUUUGGCGGCGCCGACAUCACCGAGGCGUUCCUCAGGGGCGUGCUCGAGGGGCAGAGCUGCCUCUACAAUGGCCAGCCGUCGGCCCUCUGCUUCCUCUUCGCAAGGAAAUUCUCCCCAAGUACCCUGCCACGACUCCUGGAGCUCGCCCCCAAGGUCCUCGGCUUCGGGUGA